UACCUCAUUUUGUGCGGCUGGAUCUGGAAUGGUGUGCUAUGACUUUUGGUGUUUAUGUCUAUUAUAGUUUUUUAAAUAUUAAUAUUUUAGUGAAAAUUUUCCCGCGCUCCUCUGCCAAACAGUUUUGACAUUAGGGUUACAUAUGUUACAUCAUUUUGUGCGGCUGGAGCUGGGCUAGUAUGGUAUGACUUUUGGUGUUCAUGAGUUUUAUAGUUUUUGAAAUAUUUAGAUUUUAGUGCAAAUUUGGGCCAAUUUCUAGGUUCCUGAGAAAGAUUCUACUUUUGGCCCCAUAGAAACAGACUUCAUUUGUGGUGUGUUGGCUCUCUCUAGUGGUAUAGCCGUAGUAGUACAGGUGAAAAGAUCUAUGCUUGGGCGAAAACUCCAUAUCCCACAAUUCAUAGCACGCCUCUGCAGAGUAAACAAUGGCGGCCACCACUUCGUUUUAUAUGUCUUUUAUUAGUGUUUCUAGGUCACAAAAUCAACUUUUAAGAUAUUUUCAGGCGAGAAUGUAGGUGUGUAAACUUCAAAUAUCUGCUCGUUUUAUCAAGACAUCCCAUAUUACAGACAGUGCUCUUACGUGUUGCUGAUAGCCGGCUAGCUAGCUAGUGCCGCUAGCACCGCUAGCGUAUGACGACACUACGCAAUGACGACACCCCUCCUCCGCUUUGAAAUUGACCGUAGACAUGAUUUUCUGAGACAGCGUGGCUAUCGCUUCACCGGUAACGCGUCUUUCCCCCCUCCUCUGCUUUGGACUUGAACUUACAGUGAUUUUCUGAAGUGUUUACUAAGACACACCGUAAGCUUUUACAAGGUAAGUGUAUCUCUCUGUCUCUGGUUUGAAAUUUAGCUUUGAAAGUGAUUUUUUUUUUUGUGUGUGUUUCUUUAUCGAUUUCUUUGUUUCGGCACGUUCGGCACGAUGCUAAAGCCAGUUAGCGGAUAGUCAGCUAAGGCAAGCGUUUCUGUCCCUCUUCCGGUUUUGAAAUUGACCUUUAAAAGUGCUUUUCUGUGUCUUGACGCUGAUAUCUACAAAAUGACUGUGAUUUUAUUCCAGUGGUAUCGUUUGUAAUUGAAACUUUUAAGAUGCGACUCUCAAAAAAUUGCUUCAUUGUAGUCGGGUUUCACACCUCUCUUUGUCUCGUGGUUUUGUUGCUGGCUAGUUAGCUGAUAUUAAGCAUCUCCCGGUUUGAAAUUGAUUUUGAAAGUGAUUUACUAUGACACACCGUAAGCGUAUCUCUGUCUCUGGUUUGAAAUUUAGCUUUGAAAGUGAUUUUUUGUGUGUGUGUUUCUUUAUCGAUUUCUUUGUUUUGGCACGUUCGGCACGAUGCUAAAGCCAGUUAGCGGAUAGUCAGCUAAGGCAAGCGUUUCUGUCCCUCUUCCGGUUUUGAAAUUGACCUUUAAAAGUGCUUUUCUGUGUCUUGACGCUGAUAUCUACAAAAUGACUGUGAUUUUAUUCCAGUGGUAUCGUUUGUAAUUGAAACUUUUAAGAUGCGACUCUCAAAAAAUGGCUUCAUUGUAGUCGGGUUUCACACCUCUCUUUGUCUCGUGGUUUUGUUGCUGGCUAGUUAGCUGAUAUUAAGCAUCUCCCGGUUUGAAAUUGAUUUUGAAAGUGAUUUACUAUGACACACCGUAAGCGUAUCUCUGUCUCUGGUUUGAAAUUUAGCUUUGAAAGUGAUUUUUUGUGUGUGUGUUUCUUUAUCGAUUUCUUUGUUUCGGCACGUUCGGCACGAUGCUAAAGCCAGUUAGCGGAUAGUCAGCGCUGAUAUCUACAAAAUGACUGUGAUUUUAUUCCAGUGGUAUCGUUUGUAAUUGAAACUUUUAAGAUGCGACUCUCACCGCGUACGAAACAAUAACUGCGUUGUAGUCGCGUUUCACACCUUUCUUUGUCUGUCUUUAUAAGGCGUUAACUACAGCACCCUUUAAUACCUCAACUCUUGAUUCAGCCAAGGUAAGUGCCCCCCCCCCCCCCUUAUAUUUUCUAUGUAUGUAUUCAGCUGAUAUUUAGAAAAAAAUAGGUGUGUUUAGCGCUGGAUGUCAUUUUAUUCCAGAGCUGUUGUUUGUAAUUAAAACUUUUAAGAUUAGAUGGUACAGUGUUUUUACUCCCUUCCAAACAGUAAAGUUCCUCUUUGUCUCUCAGUAGGAAAUUUAAACCAGACAGUACAAGGCUACAUUUCAGUGUUACAAGCCAAUCAGUUUGCUAAUUGUUCUGUGAGGUUUGUUUGCAAAGUUUAAGGUGUUAAGUAGGACUGUGAACAUCUGGGUCUGCUUGCUGCUGGCAUUCUGCCAGAGCCCCACCAACAAGACCGCCUCCCAGCAACGAGACUGCCUGUCAGCCUUGCAAGGUACCCAAUUUUCCAAUUACUCUAUAAAAAAACUGUUGUGGGCAACAAGACUGUCUCCUAAGUUUGCAAGCCAAUCACUUUGCCAAAUGUUCUUGUAAGAUUUGUUUGAAAAGUUUGAGGUGUUAAGUAGGACUGUGAACAUCUGGGUUUGCUUGCUGCUGGCAUUCGACCAGCGUCUCAGCAACAACACUGCCUCCCAGCUUUGCAAGGUAAUUACUUUCCCAAUUACUGUACACCAAAACGAAGUAACUGUCGUGGUCAACAAAUCUGCCUCCCAACUUUCAAGGUAAUCACUUUCUCAAUUACAAUAUACAAACUGUUAUGGAACUUAACAAAGCCUUAACACCGGGUAGUGACACUAUCAAUAUGUCUAUUUAAAGAAAAGAGAUUUUUUUUUUUUUGUUCUUGUAGUCAUCUUGUCUGUCAAUGUAUCAGAGGGUUAGAAUAACAAAUUGCUUGAAAUGCCAAUAAUUAAUAUUCUGUUUUUAUGUUGACAUUCUACCAGAUGCCGAGAAAAAAUAAAAGAUCCCAGGCACAAAAGAAGCGCUGGAAACCACUUGACCUGGUCGAUCCUGCUGUCCCAGUGCUCUCUGGCCACAACCAAGAUGAGGCAGUCAGUAGUUUUCCAUCUGACCAGAUGGCACCAGCCAGGUUAUCUUUGGAAACACAGGAUAGACUCACCUCCUUAUGUUCCCCAUGUACCAAGACAGCACCAGCCAGCUUGUCCUUGGAAACGGAGAAUAGAUCCACCUCCUUAUGUCCUCCAGGCAGCAAGAGUUCAGAAACUCGUCCACCAGCAAAACGAGUCUGGGCAACCGAUGAUUUCCACACGGCAUCAAAUUCUCCACCUAAAAAGUGAUUUUCUGAAGUGUUUACUAAGACACACCGUAAGCUUUUACAAGGCGUUAACUACAGCACCCUUUAAUACCUCAACUCUUGAUUCAGCCAAGGUAAGUGCCCCCCCCCCCCCCUUAUAUUUUCUAUGUAUGUAUUCAGCUGAUAUUUAGAAAAAAAUAGGUGUGUUUAGCGCUGGAUGUCAUUUUAUUCCAGAGCUGUUGUUUGUAAUUAAAACUUUUAAGAUUAGAUGGUACAGUGUUUUUACUCCCUUCCAAACAGUAAAGUUCCUCUUUGUCUCUCAGUAGGAAAUUUAAACCAGACAGUACAAGGCUACAUUUCAGUGUUACAAGCCAAUCAGUUUGCUAAUUGUUCUGUGAGGUUUGUUUGCAAAGUUUAAGGUGUUAAGUAGGACUGUGAACAUCUGGGUCUGCUUGCUGCUGGCAUUCUGCCAGAGCCCCACCAACAAGACCGCCUCCCAGCAACGAGACUGCCUGUCAGCCUUGCAAGGUACCCAAUUUUCCAAUUACUCUAUAAAAAAACUGUUGUGGGCAACAAGACUGUCUCCUAAGUUUGCAAGCCAAUCACUUUGCCAAAUGUUCUUGUAAGAUUUGUUUGAAAAGUUUGAGGUGUUAAGUAGGACUGUGAACAUCUGGGUUUGCUUGCUGCUGGCAUUCGACCAGCGUCUCAGCAACAACACUGCCUCCCAGCUUUGCAAGGUAAUUACUUUCCCAAUUACUGUACACCAAAACGAAGUAACUGUCGUGGUCAACAAAUCUGCCUCCCAACUUUCAAGGUAAUCACUUUCUCAAUUACAAUAUACAAACUGUUAUGGAACUUAACAAAGCCUUAACACCGGGUAGUGACACUAUCAAUAUGUCUAUUUAAAGAAAAGAGAUUUUUUUUUUUUUGUUCUUGUAGUCAUCUUGUCUGUCAAUGUAUCAGAGGGUUAGAAUAACAAAUUGCUUGAAAUGCCAAUAAUUAAUAUUCUGUUUUUAUGUUGACAUUCUACCAGAUGCCGAGAAAAAAUAAAAGAUCCCAGGCACAAAAGAAGCGCUGGAAACCACUUGACCUGGUCGAUCCUGCUGUCCCAGUGCUCUCUGGCCACAACCAAGAUGAGGCAGUCAGUAGUUUUCCAUCUGACCAGAUGGCACCAGCCAGGUUAUCUUUGGAAACACAGGAUAGACUCACCUCCUUAUGUUCCCCAUGUACCAAGCAGACAGCACCAGCCAGCUUGUCCUUGGAAACGGAGAAUAGAUCCACCUCCUUAUGUCCUCCAGGCAGCAAGAGUUCAGAAACUCGUCCACCAGCAAAACGAGUCUGGGCAACCGAUGAUUUCCACACGGCAUCAAAUUCUCCACCUAAAAAGCCUUUCCACAACACAAAUGAAGAACUACUGACAGAGGAGCUACAGAGCAACGCAGUUCAGCACUUCUGGCGUGUCAGUGCAACUCAUUGUCAAAGUGAUGAAAGGUACACAGAAUUCUCUCGAAAUCAUCAGUGCACAUGCAAUGCCCUCACAUUCCUGGCCUACCUUAAUGAGGAACACCAGUUCAACACAGCCCGACUUGAUAAGGUGCUUGAACAGGGAGAUGCACUCUACUGUUGGAUUAAAACAAAUCUUCAGCAGGAGAGGCGUUAUACACAAAAUCAUCUGACCAUAGAGGAACUGCCCAAAAAAGUUCAUGCUGACAUAAAUGUCUACAGUGUGAAAAUGGACAACAUAAGGUAUGGAUACCUGAAAGCAGCAGACAAAACUUAUCAAAGAAAAGAGUGGUGGUUGCCUCUUGCUAGUCGUCUUGUAUGUCUGUCAACAGAUGUGAGCUAUGCUUUGCUCAUGGUCUCACCUCAGUGCAUUGCAGUUUUCCGUGACAAAUCUGGGAGGUAUGGAUUAUUUGAUUCACAUUCAAGAAGUGCAGCAGGUUUACCCCAGCCAAAUGGAACAGCAGUCAUGCUCACUUUCACUCAUGUGAAUGACCUGAUCACCCACCUUCAUAACCUUUUUCAAAAUCAAGGCAGGUAUGCAAGAUAUGAGUUUGUGCCUGUUUCUUUCAAAAGAGUCAGCACUCACAACGAACAGCCUGCACAGUCAACUCAAGCAACACCAAGAGCAACAGCUACAUCACCACAAAAUGAUGAACCACAAAUCACAAAUCCCACUGUGCAAGUGCCUCAACCAGAAUCAGCCCAAACCUACAUGACAAUGUUAGAAAGUGCUUUAAACCCGCAACAAGACAAAAUGGCUUCAAAUCAAAUUUGUGAACAUCAACUUGAAACAUCUGUUGAUCCAACAAGCAACAUCCAAACAGAACAACAAGAAAAUCUUGAACUCAAUAAUGAAAGAGAUAAAGUCAUAGAUAAACCCCCCCAAAAAACAAGAAAUGUGUGCAGAUUAAAUAAACGACGACGUGGGAAAGCUAUUCGUCAAGCUCAAAAAAGUCACAAGCAGCAUGUAAAAGCUAAAGAAAAAUCUUCAUCUGAAGACUUGACAAAGAAGAUAAACAAAAGAAGACACGAAAAGGAACGAUAUGCCUGCUUUCCUGAAUUUAGAAUGAAAAAAUUACAGGCUGUGAAAACUCAAUAUGCUCAAAACUGUCAUCGCCAUAAACAAAAACUGUUAUCAGCCAAAGAUUAUUAUGCAAAUCCUCAUAUUCAAGAGAAGAUAAAAGCCCACAAUGUGAAGAGAUACCAAAAUGAUCCUCAUUUUCAACAAAAAAAGAGAGACUACAUUAUCAGAAGAUAUACCACAGAUGCCAGCUUUCGAACCAGACAGAAACAAUAUGUGUUCCGAAGAUACAACACGGAUGCUGACUUUCAAAGCAGACAGAAGCAAUAUCUGGUCCAAAGGUACAACACGGAUGCUGACUUUCAAAGCAGACAGAAGCAAUAUCUGGUCCAAAGGUACAACACGGAUGCUGACUUUCAAAGCAGACAAAAAAAAUACAUGAGCCAGAAAUACAGAGAGGAUGAUGUCAGAGAAAGGAAGAGGGCAUAUAUAAGAACAAAAUAUGCAUCGGAUCCAAAAUACAGGCACAAACAAAAAAAAUCAAUUCAUGCCAGGUAUCAUAAUGACUCACAAUUCAGACUGCACCAUAUACAGCGCUGUGCAGAGUACCAGAGACACAAAAUGGCUACCACUGCAUCUUUCGCCAUUUAUAAAAAGUUGUGUGCGCAGAGAAUAAAGAAGAAAUACAGACGACUAGUAACACAAUUCCAGCAGGGUCCACAGUCUGAAGCACAGCCCCAGCUUGUAGUGAAUAGUGUGAUGCAAGCAGCCACAUUAGCUUUCCGUGAAACAAUUAAGUUAGGACCCACCCAUGUCUGUACAGUGUGCCACAGAACUCUGUUUCCUAAUCAAGUAAAACACUGCAAAAGAUCAAAGUAUGUUAAAAAUAGUCACAUUGUUGACACCUGCUUGACAGGAAAAUUUGUCCAUGUUUGUGAUAGUGAAUGUACAGCUAAUUGUACCUUUCCAAAACAAAGAAUGCAAGAGUGGAUUUGCUACAACUGUGACAGCCACCUACAACGAGGAAAGAUCUCUUCCAUCGCAGUGGCAAACAAUUUAGCACUAGCACCCAUCCCAAUUGAACUGAGUCAAUUAAAUGUACUAGAACGACAACUGAUUGCUAAAAUUCUCCCGUUUGCCAAAAUCAUUGCAUUACCAAAAGGACAACAAAGAGCCGUACAUGGGGCUGUUGUUUGUGUACCGUCAGACGUGGAAACCACAGUAAACUGUCUUCCCAGACCUAGCAAUGAAGCCCAGCUCCUGCAAGUACAACUGAAAAGACACAUCAGAUUCAAAGGAUACCAACACUUCUACACUGUGAACAUGAAGAAUGUGUUAGCAGGCUUAUCAAAGCUAAAAGAGAUGCAUUCAGAAUACAAAGAUGUAUCUAUUGAUGAUGACGCAACUUUUGCUGAUCCCACAAAUAAUCAGAUAAUCGAGACGGAACAUGACACUGCUGAUACAGAUAUUCAAGAUGCACUGCCCAGAAACUUUGACAACCAAAUUGUACCAGAAAGAAGAACCACUGAGGAAACAACAGCUGGAAUACUUGAGCCAUGUCAUGAUGUAAACGAACUAUUGGAGCCUGAACAGUCAAAUGGAGAGCCCUUACAAGAUACGGAGAAAGAAAAGGAAGAACUUCGCCCUGGUCUUGUUCUAGACACCUGUAUGCAACCACCAGAUAUAGCACAGGACAUUUUAUCAUAUGGUGAAGGAAUAUUUAGCAUUGCACCCGCCCAAGGAAAUAGACCUGUUGGUUUCUUCUCUAUUCCUAAACUUGAAGCCAUGGCCUUUCCUGUGCAGUUCCCAACUGGACAGAACACAUUAGAUGAAGCCAGACAAGUCAAACUGUCCCCAAGCAUGUAUUUUAAUACACGGCUGUUCUCUGCAGAUACACGCUUUGCAACUGACCAAAGCUACCUAUUCUUUGCACAGUUUGUAACAGAAACACACAUGGCUACAAACAGCAUGUCCAUCCAAUUGCGCAAAGGUAAGGCAAUCACAAAGGAUGGACGUAGAAUUAGUAACAGAAUGCUUCAAAAUAAAGACGAAGUGGAGAGACUGAUAAAUAACAAAGAUGCAACACGCUUCAUGAAACCUCUGAGAGGUACUCCAGCCUAUUGGGAAAAGGCACUGAAAGAUCUGCAUGCUAUGGUCAGACAGUUAGGAAAGCCAACUUUUUUCCUGACAUUUUCAGCUGCUGAAAUGAGAUGGCCUGAGGUUGUUGAGGUCAUAAAAACUCAACAAGGUGAACAAGUGGAUUUUUCACAACUUGACUGGAACACAAAGUGUGAAAUUCUCCGAAGCAACCCUGUGACUGUGAUGCGAUUGUUUGAAAAAAGAGUCGAUGCACUAAUGACAACACUGAUCCUGUCCCCAGCACAGCCCAUCGGUGAAGUAGAAGAUUACUUUUAUCGAGUGGAGUUUCAGGCCAGAGGUAGCCCUCAUAUCCAUUUACUGGUUUGGGUCAAAGAUGCACCUAAAUUUGGAAGCGACCUUGAAGACCACGUGUACAAAUUUAUUGACAAGUACAUAACAUGUAAGAUGCCUGACCAAAAUGCCGAUCCUGAACUUCACAAAAUUGUGUCUGAGGUUCAAGUCCACAGCAGAAAUCACUCCAGAUCCUGCAAAAAAGGUAAUGUGUCAUGUAGGUUUGGGUUCCCCAAACUACCUGUAGACCAAACAAUGAUCACUUUCCCAAGCCCAGAUGAUGACGAUGAUCACAAUGAUAAGCAGCAUAGCACAAGUAAGGAGAAAGGCACAAAUGAAAAACAAAAGCAAAAAAACAGACGAAUGGCGCUCGCAAAAAAACAGAAAGAGGCCAAAGAAAAACUCCAGCCAUUGAGAGAUUUGCUCUGUGACCCAAAUUCCUCGUUUGAAGACUUGUCUGAGCUGCUUCACAAAUGCAAAUUAACUUAUGAACAAUACUUGGAUUGUGUCUUCAAUUUAAGCAAUGGCCAUGUCAUCCUCUUAAAGCGUGAACCUAAUGACUGCUGGGUGAAUGCAUACAAUGCAGAUCUACUGAGAGCCUGGAAUGCCAACAUGGACAUCCAAUAUGUCAUUGAUGACUACAGCUGCCUGAUGUACAUGAUGUCUUAUGUCUCUAAACCCGAAUUUGAGAUGACACAAUUUCUUAAUGGAGUCAUCCAGGAGGUAAAAAAGUCCAAUGUCAAUGAAAGAGAUGAAAUGAAACAGAUAAUGCAGGCAUAUGCUAAACACAGAGAAGUCAGUGCCCAGGAAUCCGUGGCAAGGACAUGCAGCCUGCCACUAAAAAAGUGUUCACGCAGUGUGGUGUUCAUACAGACUGAUGAUGAUGCCCUGAAAAUGAGUCUCCCGAUGAGCAGGUUGCAAAGCAUGGCACCAGAUGAUGAAAAUGUGUGGAUGUCUGGAUUGCCAGAAAAAUAUGCAAACAGACCCAGAACACCUGAGUUUGAAAGAAUGUGUUUGGCUGAAUUUGCUUCAGAGUACAGGAUUCUCUACAGCCGUGAAACAGAGUCAAAAAAUGCCAUCCCUCUUUUGAAUAACAUGGGUUAUAUUCAAAAGAGAACAAGAGGGAAACCUGCAAUAAUCAGAUAUCCUCGCUUCUCAGAAAAGAAACAUCCAGAAAAGUUUUAUAGCAGACUACUAAAACUUUAUUUUCCACAUCGAUCAAAUGAUGACUUUAAAAACACAGAACACUCCACAUCCGAACAGUUCUACAAAAGUGGACGAAAACAUGGUUUUGCAGUACGGCCAAUUGUUACCUUUAACAAAAAGCGUUAUGAAAGCCAUGGCAAAACAAUGGAAAGGGCAUUGGAACAGAUUGAACAACAAGGCCCACUUAUCAAUGCAUGGAACACCUUUGCACCUGAGGUUGAAGUAGAUCGUUUAGAGUGUGUGGCCCAACGACAAUCCAGACACGAGACUGACGAAAAUGAAAUGGACAUUGUUCCAGACUACCAAGUCAGUGGUAGCAACAGUGGAACCAUGCCAGCAAUCAUAGCACCUAAGCUGAGCCCAGACUUUGUCAGAAAAAUGUACCAAAGUCUAAAUGAAACCCAAGCAUCCAUAUUCUACGCAGUGCGUGAGUGGUGUUUCAAACUUGUGUGGGGUCACUGUCCUGAGCAGUUCUUUUAUUUUGUCUCUGGAGGAGCUGGCUGUGGAAAAUCACAUGUUAUCAAGUGCAUAUAUGAGGAGGCAACAAAGAUUUUGCACCAACUCCCCAGAUUCCGUGACCAAGCAGACAUGUCCUACCCUGCAGUACUGCUGACUGCAUUUACUGGCACUGCAGCUUUUAACAUAUCUGGGAAAACACUGCACUCUCUGCUAAAGCUGCCAAAAUCUUUAAAACCGCCGUAUCAGGGAUUGGGCAAUGCACUGGAUGAAGUGAGAGCUUCACUUUCAAAUGCAGAGAUUCUGGUCAUUGAUGAGAUAUCUAUGGUUUCUAAAGACCUUUUUGCCUACAUCCACUGGAGACUUCAGCAGAUCAAAGGAAACAAGAAGCCUUUUGGUGGGAUGUCUAUCCUUGCAGUAGGAGACUUUUACCAGCUGCCACCCCUUGGAAAAGCCAAACCACUCUGUGUGUACGAGGACAAUGUCUUUGAUCUCUGGAAAGACUAUUUCCACAUGGUCAACCUGACAGAAAUCAUGCGACAGAAAGAUGAUCAUUCUUUUGCUGAAGUUCUGAACAGGAUAAGAGUGAAGCAAAAAACAAAUUCUCUUGAAGCCAAUGAUAAAGCCUUGCUCACACAGGCUAUCCAUGACAUAAAAGACUGUCCAUCUAAUGUAUUACACAUUUAUGCUACAAACAAAGAGGUCGACAAACACAAUUCAGCAACUGUAACUGCUCUUCAUUCUGAUAUCAUAAAUAUUCAGGCCGAAGACUACAGAAAAGACCCACGGACGGGUGAGAUGGUCCUCCUGGCAGAUAUGAUGAAAGGCAACAAAAGAGAUUUACCUGAUAACAUACAAGCUGCACCUGGAGUGCGUGUUAUGAUUAUUAGAAAUUUGGAUGUUGAAGAUGGGCUUGUUAAUGGGACAUUUGGAACAAUCACGAACAUUGUGACAACCACACAGGAUGGACCAAAAACUGUGAAUCUCAUUGGACUUACGCUGGACAAUCAAAAUUCUGGGCAAAAAUUUCGCAGAAAAAUACAAGGAUCCUCAGACAACCUCGUAUAUAUUGAGAAAUGUGAAGAAUCUACAAGUAAAAAAGGAGUUCUUCGCAGGCAAUUUCCAAUGAAGUUGGCCUUUGCAUGUACAGCUCACAAAGUACAAGGCAUGACAAUGGAGUCAGCAGUAGUAUGUUUGAAGCGUGUUUUUGAGCCUGGAAUGGCCUAUGUCGCACUCAGCCGCACAACCUCACUUAAAGGACUGUACAUCACAGACUUUGAUGAAAGGAAAAUCUAUGCUGAUCCUGCCAUCACAGAUGCACUCAAAAAUAUGAGACAUGCAUCAUUUGAGAAUGCAAGACCACUGUUGCAAUUCUUAAAAUCAGUUGUUCCCACAGUCCCCACAUUGACAAUUAUCCAUCACAAUGCACAAGGUCUCCCAACUCACAUGGAGGACAUGAGAUGCCACCAUGAAGUCAGCCUUGCUGAUGUUUUAUGCAUAACAGAAACUCACUUGUCUGGAUCAUCAGUUUCUCCCCGCUUCCAGCUGGAACAGUACAACAUGGCCACACGCAACAGACACGUCUCUUACACAAACCAUACAGACAUGGCAAAGGUAAAUGGCGGUGGAGUUGCAAUGUACUACAAAACAGUUCUUAUAGCAGAGUCUCGAAAAUACCUGCAAAAUGUGACUGACCUUGAAUUUGUUGUUAUCAAGGUUGAAUCGCCAGUCACAGCUUUGAUAGCAACUGUAUACAGGCCACCAAAUUACAGCCACGUGAGGUUUUUACCACAAAUGCAAUGUCUUUUGGACUCAUUGGAAAUGAUGAAUUGCCAACCAAUUAUUGUUUGUGGAGAUUUCAAUGAGGACCUUAUGAGCAGAGGAAAAAAACCCAUCCAAGAACUGUUUCAGUCAAGAGGAUAUGCACAACUUAUUACUGCUGCAACUACCGAAAAACACACAUUGAUUGAUCACCUUUACAUAUCACAGCCAUACGCCUGCCUCCAAUCAGGUGUUCUAAAUACAUAUCACAGUUAUCACAACCCCAUUUAUUGUGUAAUUCACUAACACAAAAUGACUGCAAGGUUGUGAGGGAUAUGGACUUGCCAAGUGAUCUUAGUGUCUUUGCAACUGAGCACACUCUACCACCAAAAAGGACAGCUCACCAGUGGGAGCUGAUACAUAAGACUGCUCUCAUCCAUUGAAGAGCUGACCAGAAACGUGAACAGAGAGACUGCAACUGCACCUGAUGGGAUCCCUGCCAUAACAGAUGUGUUCUGUCCAGUAAAGGCAGUGGAGAAGCCCUACACUGAUCUUGAAACUGUGCCACGCUAGUAGAGACCGGCUACAAGGAUGGGCAGCUGUUUUCGCAAAGUCAGCCAACCACUUGCUUCCAAAUGACCCUUAUCCAGAAGUAUCCGUGAGUGCCUCAUAAACAGAAACUAACGUGGAGACCUACCUCUCAGAGAAAAACGCACACAUAAGAAAAGCCGACCCACUUCAGUACUGGGAAGAACAUCCUAAUCUGUUUCCCUCUAUGGCUGCUGUUGCGAUCCCAGUGUGCCCCCUGUAGCUCUGUGGACAGUUUUGGAUUUGUUUACAUCUCACCCAACCGGUCCCAGCAGAUGGCUGCACCUCUCUAAGCCUGGUUCUGCUGGAGGUUUCUUCCUGUUAAAAGGGAGUUUUUCUGAACACACUCUACCACCAACAAGGACAGCUCACCAGUGGGAACUGAUAGAUAAGACUGCUGAUGUGCUCUCAUCCAUUGAAGAGCUGACCAGAAACGUGAACAGAAAGACUGCACCUGAUGGGAUCCCUGCCAUAACAGAUGUGUUCUGUCCAGUAAAGGCAGUGGAGAAGCCCUACACUGAUCUUGAAACUGUGCCAUGCUAGUAGAGACCGGCUACAAGGAUGGGCAGCUGUUUUCGCAAAGUCAGCCAACCACUUGCUUCCAAAUGACCCUUAUCCAGAAGUAUACGUGAGUGCCUCAUCAACAGAAAAUAAAGUGGAGACCUACCUCUCAGAGAAAAACGCACACAUAAGAAAAGCCGACCCACUUCAGUACUGGGAAGAACAUCCUAAUCUGUUUCCCUGUAUGGCUGCUGUUGCGAUCCCAGUGUGCCCCCUGUAGCUCUGUGGACAGUUUUGGAUUUGUUUACAUCUCACCCCAACCGGUCGCGGCAGAUGGCCGCCCCUCCCUGAGCCUGGUUCUGCCGGAGGUUUCUUCCUGUCAAAAGGGAGUUUUUCCUUCCCACUGUCGCCAAAGUGCUUGCUCAUAGGGGGUCAUAUGAUUGUUGGGUUUAUCUAUAUACAUUAAUGCUUGUAUGCUUUUCAUUUAUACUUUUGCCUUACUUUUCAGUUCAUAAUAUAAAGUUACUUGAAUGGUUUCCUUUUCCUUUUUUAUUUUAUAUUGCUUUGCUAUUUACCACAAUCUAAAUAUCAUGUUUAAAUGUCAUACAUUAUUGUAAAUGGUAUCUGUACAAAAUAUUGUUUGAAUAACAUGAUACAUUUAUUAGUCCCACAAUGGGAAAUUUCAUAAUUUGCAUGUGGUAUUUUCCCCUUUGACAUUAAAAUACCUUUGAAAU